GAAAGAUCGUAGUUUCGUUAAACUUUAACGAGAUGUACGUCAUAAAUUUUACGAAUGUGCCAUAACACUCGCAAAAUUUCAACAAUCCAUGGCAAAACAACACUUCUUUUUAGCGAUAAAUUAUUCAAAACACUAUAGAAUGCGGUCCUAAGUUAGCAUCAAACGACGUCAUCGGAAGGUACGAUAAGAGGUGAUCCUUGGCAGUGAAGAGGGUUGUUUUUGAUCAACUAAUAGAUAACUUAUUAUAAUUUCUAUACCGAUACAAACACAAUGAACUAAACAGACCACCUGCUUUUUCACGCUCGUCUUUAGCAAGCUAGUCUAAAAUCAUGUGAGUUCAUUAGCGAUUGGCUAAUGUUCAAUUUUGUAGCUAUCUUUGAUGAAAAACGGUGACCAUAUUAAGAGAUUAAUCUGACCGGGGUAUCUAUUGUUCCGCGAGGCAAACGCACACGAUGCUACAAAGGGGCGUGUUGGUUUCCGGUCUCUCUGUAUCGUUGUGUUCGAUUCAAAAGUCGUCCGUGCCAAGGGUGAGCUAGCAUCUUCACAUUACGGAGGACGGCGACACCACGCAGUCUGCACGGAAGACGGAACAUCCUUUGACCUUUGCUUGUGUGUAUAUAAGCCAAGCGUUGGGUGCUGAGAAAUAUCAUAUUACAGCAAACACAACGGAGUAAAGACGCGAUAGAAGUUGUCUUUGGAAAGUGUUAACAAUUAAGAUUAAAUAUUUGCAAUUUACGAAGAGAAGAACGAAGUGAAGUUUCAAAAUGAUAUACCAUAGUGGUAUUAUUUUCCUGGCGACACUGGUCUCGUUACUGUUACUGGAUUCUGUUCAAUCCUUCACAAUCAACCCUCUUGGCGUGAGCGGUAGAGAGGAAUCACAAGUCGUGACUUUUAUGGAUCAGUAUGGGUACCUUGAACCAAAAGACCCGAGACUAGGUCAAUUUCGUACCAGAGAAGAACUGGUUAGAGGUAUCAAACAAAUGCAAGAGUUCGCUGGAAUAAAAGUAACAGGCAAAAUAGAUGAAGAAACUGUAAGGUUGAUCAAAUCACCAAGAUGUAGUUUGCCUGAUUUUGGACCUAGCGACAAAAUGAAACGAAGAAAAAGAUACGCUUUACAUCACGCAAAAUGGAAAAACCCUAGUCUGACAUACAAAGUUUUAAACACAUCAACAACAGAGCUGCGUAAAAGCGAGGUGAGAAAUGCCUUAGAUAGAGCAUUUAAAAUGUGGAGCGAAGUCUCUCCUCUACGAUUCACCGAAGUAUUUGGAAACGAGAAAGCUGAUCUGAUGGUUAGUUUUGAGCGAGGUAAUCACGAUGAUGGGUAUCCUUUCGAUGGGAGAGGAGACAAGAUUGCUCACGCCUUUUACCCUGACAUUGAAGCUAGCGCCGAAGCUGGCGACAUCCAUUUUGACGAUGAAGAGCACUGGACCCUAGACAAACCCAAAGCUGGCACAGAUUUCAUGUGGACAGCGGUGCACGAGAUAGGCCACGCAAUCGGACUGGACCAUACCACAUAUGCAAAGGCAAUCAUGUAUCCGUAUUAUACUGGUUACCGUCCGAAUCUGGCACUCCACGAUGAUGACGUGAUGGCCAUUCAGGCUCAAUAUGGAAAGAAACCAGUUUCCACUGCAGCUCCAACAAUUGAUCCAAAACUUCACUGGAAGAAUGGUCCGAGUCCGUGCGAUACUUCCAUCGACGCUGUUGUCCACAGCAGCGAUGGAAACACGUACUUUUUCAAAAAUCCUUAUUUCUGGACAUUGGAUAAAUACGACAACCUUUUGGCUGGACGAAAGAUCAGAGAUCACUGGGCGAAACUUCACCCUAGGGUCCAGGCCGCGUACACAAGACGCGAUGGGAAAACUGUAUUCUUUAAAGGAAGAAAGUACUGGGUAUUUGAAGGAACCACACUCGUUGAAGGACCGAAAUACAUAACCGAGUAUGGUCUUCCGAUCGAACUAAAGCGAUUGGACGGAGCUUUCACAUGGGGAGGCAAUGGUAAAACAUAUUUCUUCAAAGGCAGUAAAUAUUGGCGUUAUAACGAACAAAUGAAUAGAAUUGAUCCUGGUUAUCCGAAGAACAUCUCUGACGGUUGGGGGGCUGUGCAAUAUCCUAUUGAUUCGGUGAUGACAUGGAAAGAUGGAGAAACCUACUUCUUCAAAGGCGCCAACGUUGCGAAGCAUAACUGGCAUUUAUACAAACCCGAAGAGAUCUCCAAGGUUUUCUUCAAACCGUGUCACCAAAAUUUUGCGGAAAAGAAUCUUCCUACCGAACAGGAAAAUGGCGUCGUAAAGACAUCCAAUUUCGCACCAUUGAUCGCUUUUCUUGCCAUUAUUGCUUCCUUAUGCAGCUGGUAACACUAGCUAUAAUCCAUGCUGUGUGUUCACCACAGUUCCAAGAUCGACCGAGGUUAAACCAGAAGAUUUGGAAUUUCACACACAAAACAAUAAAAAGAAAAUUGUUUACGAACAAAGUACAAAAAAUGCACAUAUUUUUGUACAUAUUUAUAUAGCUAAAUAGUAAUUUAUUGUAAUAUUCAAGCUGUAAAUAUAAUUUAUAUUGAAGCAGUAAUGUUGUUUGUGAAUAAUUUACAAAAAAUGUAUAAAUAAAGAAUGUUCUUUUCUUCAUUCAAUGAGAAAAAAAUACAAAAAUAGGUCAGUAUAACUAUAAAAAAAGUCAGUAUAACAAUCUGCAAAUACGUCACACUCUUUUGAGAGCCACUACACAAUUGUCAAAUUAAGCGUCACGUCUGAUAUUAUUACAAAUAAUAAGUAAAUAUUGCAUGGUAUUUAUAGUCUAUUUAAUAUUUAAGAUCUUCA